UGCUCACCCUUCUUCCAGAUAUGGCCAAGAAGGACUGUCGUGCUGGCAGAAAGUGGGACCACCUCGUCAACGACUGUGUUUCCAGCACAGUAAAAACCACAUCUGAGCCUAAACCAUCAACAGACCUGCACCCAGCUGUCAUGGUCCAGCAGAGACCCACAACUGCCACCGUCCAGGCCAACCCAAUGAUGAUGCUCAGUCCGGCUCUGUGGAUCUUUGUGGGGCUGGCCACUGUGGGCUCCAUCGUGGCCCUGGUUCUCUGGUUUGUUAUAUACAGACAACAUACCAGGAACAGCAGCACCUCAGAAGACGCAGAGCCUGGACAGGAGCCUCUUCAGAAAACAGAGCCACCCAUCAAAAUCUGCCCGAUGCCUUCAGAGAGAAACUGUCAGGCAGAGACGUUGCAGAGAGCAGCGGGGAACCCUGCACCCUGUGCUCACCUGCACCUUGGGGACCAAACAAGCUCAAAGUGGGAGGAGGGCUUCACCGCUUGCAGGGGCCCUGCAAGGCAUGCUGGGACAGAGGGGGUUGGAGGGCUGCUUACAUGCAGCACGAUGAGAGAGCACAGGAUCCCACUUCCUGCCACAGAGCUGGGUGGCACUGCCUUAGUUACAACUAAAACUAUGUAGGGCUAUGUGGGUGUGUGCUUGCAUGCACGUGCGUGUGUGCUAUUAAAAACUG